AUGCCUCAGCCAGCGGACUACACGAUCGGCUGGAUUUGUGCGAUAAGAACAGAAUAUGUUGCAGCACGACAGUUUCUUGACGAAGAACAUGAAGGGCCACGAACUGUGUCAUCAUAUGAUAACAAUGCAUAUACACUUGGCAAAAUGAGAGAACACAAUGUUGUGAUCGCUGUGCUGCCUGAUGGCCAGUACGGCAUAUCCUCCGCCACCGGGGUCAUAAAAGACAUGAUACAUACCUUCCCCAAUAUUAGGAUCGGCCUCAUGGUUGGCAUUGGGGGCGGCGCGCCAAGCACAAAACACGACAUUCGUCUAGGCGAUGUUGUAGUCAGCGCUCCUUGGCAGGGAAAAGGCGGCGUGUUCCAAUACGACUUUGGGAAAACCAUUCAGGAUCAGAGCUUUAAAACGACAGGGUUUCUGAACCACCCGCCGGCCGUUCUACUCACAGCAGUCACAGUGAUUAGCGGUCAGUAUGAAAGUGACGGUCACAAUCUUGAACGAGAUAUUAGCAACAUACUUGAGAAGAAGCCAAGACUGCGGAAGACCUAUGGACGGCCAGAUCCAAACAGCGACAGACUCUACAAGGCUGGGACCAUCCACCCUAAGGAUAACGAAACAAAUUGCCUCGCAACUUGCGAUGGCCCGGGAAAUCUAGUUGUACGACGCCAGAGAACCAAGGACGAAGAUAACCCAGCGAUCCAUCACGGGUUAAUCGCCUCAGCUAACCAGUUGAUGAAAGACGCCUUGGUUCGGGACAAGCUUGCUACAGAGGAAGGUGUCCUAUGUUUUGAGAUGGAAGCGGCUGGAUUGAUGAGCCAAUUUCCUUGCUUGGUUAUUCGCGGCAUAUGUGAUUAUUCCGACUCUCACAAAAACAAAGAGUGGCAAGGCUACGCUGCUAUGGUGGCCGCAGCAUAUGUAAAGGAUCUCCUCGGCCGAGUUGCUCCAAGUAGGGUUCAAGCUGAAACGAAGCUGAGCAAUGUUCUGUCCGGCCUCUAUGAUGUCGCAACAGAACAGCUAGAAAUCACAAGGCAGCAGGUACAAGCCCAAAAGGAUUUAGCCAAGCAAAUGCUCACACAACAUGAACAAAAAUGCCACCAGCAAUUCCGCCUUACAGCUAGUGAUAGGGAUAUCACGUAUGAGUGGUACAAAAACCGAGUUGAGGAAAGAGUUGAAGGCACAUGCCUAUGGUUUCUUGAACAUGAGCAUUUCCAAGGAUGGAUGAACCGGAACUCUGGGCCCCUCCUUGUCACAGCCGACCCUGGCUGUGGAAAAUCCGUGUUGGCCAGAUAUUUAAUUGACCAUGGCUUACCACGAUCGGCAACCGUCUGUUAUUUCUUCUUCAAAGAUGGAGAUCAGAAUACGGCUCGGCAGAUGCUUUGCGCGAUACUUCACCAGUUGUUCUCUCAAAAUCCGGCUCUAAUCAAACAAGCAAUUCCGCAAUACGAUAAAGACGGACAAAGCUUAAUUGACUCUACCGAAUCACUUUGGAAGAUUUUACGAAGUUCUGUCCGAGAUCCUCAGGCGGGAUCUGUGAUCAUUGUGCUUGACGCCUUAGACGAGUGUGCACACACCGAGUUUGAGACUCUAGUACGGAAUAUAGAGACCCAGUUUCAAAGCAAAGAUUCAGAUACUGGCAAAUUGAGAUACCUUCUUACAUGUCGCCCUUAUGACCAAUUAGUGUCUCGAUUCUGCACUUUGUUGCGUGUUUUCCCAAAUAUCCACAUACCGGGAGAGGAGAAUUCAGAAACCAUUAGCCAGGAGGUAAAUCGCGUUAUCACACACCGAGUCAAUCAGUUGCCAGACAGUAUCUCCUCCGAGAUCAAGAAUCACCUGGAGAAAAGAUUACAUUUGACUAGCCAUCGUACCUAUCUCUGGGUGUACCUUGUGUUCGAUCAUUUAAAGAAAGGAAGCUUUAAGAAGACACAGAAGGGGGUUGACUCUGCUAUUAGCAACCUUCCGAGGAGUGUAAACGAGGCAUAUGAGCAGAUUCUCAAUACAUCCAAUAGAGAGGAACACCAAAUGGUUCGCAAAGUCCUAAGUAUUGUCUUAGCGGCAAGUCGGCCACUUACACUCAAGGAACUGAACAUGGCGACAAAUAUCGACUGCGAAACAAAAUCAAUACAAGAUAUUGACUUAGAGAACGAGGAUGAAUUCAAAACGCGCAUCAGAUCCUGGUGCGGAUUAUUUAUCUUGAUCUCACAAGGUCAUGUUUAUUUCCUUCAUCAAACAGCUCGCGAGUUUCUGAUCGCAAAUUCAAAUUCAACACCGCCUGUCAUCCCAUUUCCGACUCAAAAAUGGGAGCACUCAGUCACCAUCAAAAACGCGCAAGCCGUUCUUGCAGAACUCUGUGUCCUAUGUCUAGCACUGGCCGACUCCAAAGUCAUUCCGGCGACAGAUGAAAACAACGAAACAGUCAAGUCCAUGGAUAAGCUCCCCUUCUUUGUUUACUCAGCACGUAAUUGGGGCACUCACUUCCGCCAUGCUGGCAUUGCCGAGGACGCCGCUAUAAUACCUAAUGUUUUAAAGAUUUGUGAUCUAAGUGCAAAAGGCUACUUGGCAUGGUUCAAUAUCUAUUGGGGUCGUAAGCAUGAUAGCAGGAUCCCGCAGUUUUCACCUCUCAUGGUAGCCGCAUACUAUGGCCAUCAUCUGAUUGUUAGGUUAUUGUUAAAGAAAGACGCUGACUUGAACUUGAAAGAUGAUAUCUACCACCGAACACCACUCUUUUGGGCUGUUUUCGAUGGACACGAGGCUGUCGCCAAGCUGUUAAUAGAUGAGGGUGCCAACUUGGACUCUAAAGAUCGCAGUGGCCGAACACCACUCUCGUUGGCUAGUUACAAGGGGCAUGAGGCGGCCGCCAAGCUGUUGAUAGAUAUGGGCGCCGACUUAGACUUCAAAGAUCGCAAUGGCCGAACAGCACUCUCAUUGGCUAUUUUGGAGGGGCAUGAGGCGGUCGCCAAGCUGUUAAUAGAUAUUGGCGCCGACUUGAACUUCAAAGACCGCAGUUUUCGAACACCACUCUUUUUGGCUAUUUCCAGCGGGCAUGAGGCGGUCGCCAAGCUAUUAAUAGAUAAGAGCGUCGACUUGGACUCUAAAGAUCAUAACGGCGAAAUUCCACUCUCAUUGGCUGCUUCCUAUGGAUAUGAGGCGGUCGCCAAGUUGUUAAUAGAUAAAGGUGCCGACUUGGACUCGAAAGAUUCUGAGGGCCAGACACCACUCUCAUCGGCUACUCUCAACGGACAGGAGGCGGUCGCCAGGCUGUUAAUAGAUAAGGGCGCCGAGUUAAACUCGAAAGAUUUUAAUGGCCAGACACCACUCUCAGUAGCUGCUAGGAGGGGGAAAGUGGCUAUGUUCAAUCUGCUCCUAGCAACACAUGGUGUUAACGUUGAGUCGAGAGACAAUUGCGGCCGAACACCGCUCUCACAUGCUGCCUGGGCUGGCCAUGAUACAAUAGUAAAGUCUUUGAUCUCAGAUGAAAGGGUCGAAAUCGAUGGAAAGGAUUCUUUUGGUUCAACACCAGUAUCAUUAGCAGCGCGGCAUAAUCGCACACAAGUAACUGCGCGGCUCCUGGGUACAGGGCGUGUAGAUCCAGAUUCUCCAGAUCAUUCGGGGCGGACUCCGCUGUGGUACGCUGAACGAAGCAGAAAUUUCGCCAUCUCUGCAAUAAGGGUGAUUUUCAUGUUUGUUCAGACUGUCAUGGGCUUGGAGUACGUUGUUUGGGGGCAGAUCACUAGAUGA